AUGUUUGUUACUUUCACCUUAACUGCCUUAGCUGUUCUUACUGUUCUCGCUCCUGCUAUCAUGGCAUCAAUCGAAAACAAUAAUGUAAUUAAAAAACAAAAAAAUCAACAAAAUAAUCAAAAUAAUGAAAAUGCUGACGAAAAUUUGGAAACAAAUAACGUUCUUCAACCACCUGUCAACUUAGCAGCUAUGUUACCAAUCACAAAAUUAACAAGUUCCGGUUAUACUGAAGACGAAAGACUCCAAAGGACCUAG